UCCGCAAACCACAACACGUCCCCGCACCAGAGCUUGUUUGGAUAUAGGACUAUUAAAUUUGCCCCUCUGAAUUUACUAAAAGUCAUAUUGCGGUUUCGAUUCGCGUAUUUGAAACCUGUUUACGCAGAUAGAUAAUGGGGUGCUGUUCAGGACGAUGUAUGCUGAUCUUCUUCUGCACUCUCCAAUUGAUGACAGCAUUGGAGAGGCAGGCUUUGGACUUCCUUGGGUACCAGUGGGCUCCCAUCAUGGUCAACUUCCUGCACAUAAUUAUGGUUAUCCUCUGCCUCUUUGGCACCAUUCAGUACAGACCACGCUAUGUUGUUCUAUACCUGCUGUGGACAUUACUAUGGGUGGCAUGGAAUGUCUUUGUGAGCUGUCUCUACUUGGACCUGGGAGGCCUUUCCAAGGAGAGCGACCUGCUUUCUCUGGGUGUAUCCUCACACCGUUCAUGGUGGAAAGACAACAGUCCAGGCUGUGAUGACAGGGACCUUCCUGCCACUAGAUGGCAGAGUCUGGAGAGCCCAGAACUCAUCUCUGCUCUGGGAUGCUGGCUGGAAUAUCAAUACAUAGAGGUCCUACACUGCAUUGUACAAGUCCUAAUCUCUUUCUUGGGAUUUGCCUACGCCUGCUAUGUGGUCAGCACCUUCACAGAGGAGGACAGCUACUAUAAGUAAAGAUUUCAAGUGGGUUGAAAAUGACUGACAGGCAAGGAGGGCAGAAGAGGUACAAGAGAGUGGAAUAUCUCCAGUCAGUGAAACAGAAGACAUUCCCACAAUGCUCACAAAACAUCAUUCCUCUGCCUACCAGCACUCUUAAUGCAUACUAGAGUAAACCAGCAUGAGUUCUCUGUUUAAUGUAAUGAUGGUCAAUACUAGCUUAAUCCCAGAUCUGCAAAGGUGGAAAGAGUACAGAAAUAUCCUACUCAAGUAGAAGCACUGUUAGUUUAAUGACAUUUUAUUAAAGUAGAUGUCAAAUUACUGGUGUAAAAAAACUACUCAAGUAAAAGAAAAAAAGUAGCAAAUUUAAAAUAAAAUAAAAGUAAAAUUAAAGAAGUUACUUUUCAAAUAAAAACAUUGACUUGAUACUUAGCUAAUUUCGCUAAGGUUACCUGAAAGUUGUUACACAUUAUCUUUUCCAUGCAUUACAUUAAAAAGAAAGAGAGGAAAUGAAUGUUCAGUGCAAGGAACUAGGAACUAAGUUCAGUGCAACAAGGCACAUCUGCAUGUAAAAAAAACUAAGAAUUUGGCAAAAUUAUACUAUUAAUAUUAGAAAAUAAAGUAAACAUUCAAAGUGUAUUUAUGAUUUUAAAAAGCAAUACAAAAUAAAGUGCCUAAACAAUAAAGUUGACAGACUUCAAUAUACUUCAGACUCCAGAAAUAAACAUGUCUAAUCCUGCACCCAUUCAUUACCCCUUCGUUACUUGUUACUUGUCCAUGGGACCGGGUGACAUUCACUCACUCCCCCAUUCACACACACUCACUCCCCCUCUUUCCACUCACUAAAUCACUCACUAAAUCACUUGCUCACUCACUCACUAAAUCACUCACACACACACACACACAAACUCCCUCUUUCACUCAAUUACCAGGGGUGGAAAGAGUACUGAAAUAUCCUACUCAAGUAGAAGUACUGUUACUUAUAUAAAAUUUUACUCAAGUAGAAGUAAAAUUACUGACUUUGAAAAAAUAUCAAAAAAAGUACAAGUACUUGGAAAAGCUACUAAAUUAUAGUAACGAGAGUAGUUGUAAUUAGUUACUUUACACCUCUGCAGAUCUGUUUGUGUUUUUGCCUGCUCCAUUGUCAUUGUCAAGUUGUUUGGCAUAACUAUUCCUAGUUGGCAAGAGAGCAGAAACAGACUGGCACCCAGGCUAGGUCAAUACAGGUACACUCAGAACACUACUGAUACUUCUGACAUAACAUGUAUCAGUGUGCAGGAAAUAGUAUUCGUUGUAUUAUGACAUAAUGGCACUUUGUAAAAAUAAGCAAUUAUGCAAACAGUUGAAUAUGGACCGAAUCCUAUAAUUGUGUGUCCUACAUUGAUGUUAAUGAGAGAUUUGCACGAAAACUACAGUCACGUGCAAAUUAUCAAAGUUAUGUAUACAGAUUUCAAUUUAGGAUUUGGACCUACACUACCGUUCAAAAGUUUGGGGUCACUUUGAAAUGUCCUUGUUUUUGAAAGCCAUUUUUUGUCCAUUAAAAUGACAUCAAAUUGAUCAGAAGUACAGUGUAGACAUUGUUAAUGUUGUAAAUGACUAUUGUAGCUGAAAACGGCUGUUUUUUUAAAAUGGAAUAUCUACAUAGGCAUACAGAGGCCCAUUAUCAACAACCAUCACUCCUGUGUUCCAAUGGCACGUUGUGUUAGCUAAUUAAAGUUGAUUAUUUUAAAAGGCUAAUUGAUCGUUAGAAAACCCUUUUUCAAUUAGAUAUUCCAUUAAAAAACAGCACAUUCCGGCUACAAUAGCCAUUUACAACAUUAACAAUAUCCACACUGUGUUUCUGAUAAAUUUGAUGUUAUUUUAAUGGACAAAAAUAAUGACAUUUCUAAGUGACCCCAAACAUUUGAACGGUAGUGUAUGUGAAGGUAUCCGUCUGUGUGUCUCUCUGUGUGUGUGUGUGUGUGUGUGUUUGUGUUGCUGUCUUUCUCUCUCUGUGUGUGUGUGUGUGUGUGUGUGUGUGUGUGUGUGUGUGUGUGUGUGUGUGUGUGUGUGUGUGUGUGUGUGUGUGUGUGUGUGUGUGUUUGUACACAGUACAGUACAGUACAGUAGUUCAUACAUGAGCAUGUACUGAUUCCAGACACCAGAGGAAAAUAAAGACAUUUAGUAAAUAAUCUUCAAUAUUGUGAUAGAAAUAAGUUAAUGUCAGUGGUUCAUGUAAAAAACAAAAAUCUUAAAGAUAUAGUCAGGAAGUAUCUCCUAGGCCUACCUCUGAAUGUAGAUGUCACUGCUGGAAAAAAGCCCAGAAUGUAUCUUUAAGUGGAUUUUGUUGAAAUAAACAGCACUUGUCUUUUA